GGGAGGAACAGCUGGCUGAGGGAAGAGCCAGCCCGGGGAGUCAGUCACAUUCCUGGCUGGGAUUCAAUGACUGAACCAGACACAAACAAACAGAGAGGGCGAGAGAGAGGGAGAGAGAGAGAGAGAGAGAGAGAGAGAGAGAGAGACUCACACAUUGAGUGAGUGAGUGCGUGAGUGAGUGAGGGAGUGAGUGAGUGAGUGGAGACAGACUGAGAGUACGCCAGACCGAGCAGACGAGGCAUAUUUCGAGCGCACAUUAGGAGUGCGUAAAACCGCAGGAGCGCAAAGCAACGCGGCUCUACCCGGUGAUUUUUUUUUUUUUUUUUUUUUACGUCGGAUGAUCCGAGUUUCGAGUCGAGGAGUUGUCGACUUUAAUUGCGUCUGCUCACAGGAAAAGAAGAAAAAAAAAAUUCAGCUGCCCUCAGUUUUCUGAAUGGACGCGCUGGGAAAGCUUCUCCGGUGACAUGGAAAUGCGCGUUAUUGAGCGUGUGGCCGGAUGCUGAGGACGCCCGAUCCGAUAAAGUCAAUCCCAGCUUUCAUUUUGAGUUUUGAAAUCUCUUUUCCUCGUCGGCAACAACAUGGAGGGCACCAGCUUCCAGCCCCAUCCCGGACUUCAGCAAACUCUGAAGCAGUUUCAUCUGAGUUCAAUGCGCUCUCUCGGCGGACCGGCGGCGUUCUCCGCUCGGUGGCACCAGGACUCCCUCUUCGCCAAAGAUGGGAAAUCGGCCGAGAUGAUGCUCACUCUGCCGGCUCAGACCCCUCCGGUGAUGUCCGGGCCACUUUUCAUCCCGUCCGACCGCUCCACGGAGAGGUGCGAGACGGUCCUGGAGCGGGAGCCGAUCUCCUGCUUCGUGGUCGGCGGCGAGAAGCGCCUGUGCCUGCCGCAGAUCCUCAACAGCGUCCUGAGAGACUUCUCCCUGCAGCAGAUCAACUCCGUGUGCGACGACCUGCACAUCUACUGCUCCAGGUGCACGGCGGACCAGCUGGAGAUCCUCAAGGUGGUGGGCAUCCUGCCCUUCUCGGCGCCGUCCUGCGGGCUCAUCACCCAGACGGAUGCUGAGCGCCUCUGCAACGCUCUCAUCUACGGCGGCACCUACCCUCCCCACUGCAACAAGGAGUUGGGCUCUCUGGAGUUGGAGCGAACCGAGAAGAGCUUCAAAGUGUACCACGAAUGUUUCGGUCGGUGUAAAGGCUUGUUUGUCCCGGAACUGUACGCCGGCCCGAGCGCCGCCUGCAUCCAGUGCAUGGACUGCAGACUCAUGUUCCCACCUCACAAGUUUGUGGUCCACAGUCACAAGAAACUGGAGAACCGGACAGUCCACUGGGGCUUCGACUCGGCCAACUGGCGGGCUUAUGUGCUCUUGGACCCGGACUACACCGGCAAGGAGGAGAAGAGUCACCUGGAGCAGCUGCUGAGAGAGUUGAAAGGAAAAUACGACCUGACUGGCAAGAGGUCCAGUAUACCCUGCAGAUCUCCCAGCCCAGUCCCGGCCAAGAGGUCCAAAUUCGACAUAUUACAAUCUCCACCACCAGCUGACAAAGACAGGAAGCCCGACUGGUUACAAUCGCUGUCAAAGUCUGCAAACAAGGAUCUGAAACAGGCCCAACUUAAACAGAGACCCUCGGCUUUCCGCCCCUGGUCUCCCAAAGCAGCAGAGAAAGAGAAACCAGCUACUCAGAAUGAGGCGGAGAGGUCCUUUUCAAAGACUCAAAAGACUCUGGCAGCUCCCAAUCUGACACUAACUCCCCCAGCCCAACCCGUCCAUCCCAGGGACAGCCACGCUCCUAGCAGGGGACCGGCAGCCAUUUCCAGGCCGCUGCAGGAACUGCAGAAUGGAGACACACAACCUACAGCAAAACCGGCCCCCUCCAGCACCGCCAACCACCCCGAUGAUAUGGACACAGAUGGAGAGAUUGACGUCGAUGACUGUGAUGAUUAUCCAGUGCCACCUUCCUCCCUGGCUUCUCCUCCGUCAGCCUGCACCAGCGUGUCUCAGACUCUGACCCCUCAGAGCUCUGCCCGGCCACAGGAGGGACCCGCCUGGCUGUCAGGGACCGUCUACCCAGAGAUGGACUCCCUGAGACAGUUGCUGUACGGGGGCAUGGACACCAAAGAGGCCCGGGAAAAAGUCCUGCAGGAGAUUGUCAGGAUGAGAGUGAAGCAGGAGGAGAAGCUGGCAGCUGCCGUGCAAGCUAAACGCAGCCUUCAGCAGGAGCUGGAGUUUGUGAGGGUGGCUAAGAAAGGCCGUCUUCGUGAGGCCAUCGAAGCCAAGCGCAACCUGCGAAAGGAGAUUGAACGCCUUCGCGUGGAUUGGGAGAGGAAGAUGAGGGAUGCAGAGGAGUCAUGUGGGCGGCUGAAGAGAGAAUUGGAGAGGGAGAGACAGCUGCGAGUUUGUGACAAAGGCUGUGAGGCUGAACGUCUGCGGGUCAAGUACUCGGCUCAGAUUGAGGAGCUGCAUGUGCAGCUGCAGCAGGCGGAAGCUGAUCGUGAGCAGCUGAGACAGGAGCUUCAGCAGGAGAGGGAAGCUCGGCAGUGCCUGGAGAGUGUUGUUAAAGACCUGCAAACUCAGCUGGCCAUGCAGGCCGACAGCAGCCACCCCGGAGACCCCAUGGACGCAAACACAGACGUACACAGACAGACGGCACAGCACACCAGUGGAUCCUAAAGUUGCACAUUCGAAACUGGAGAAAAAGGACUCAGUGGGAAAAGGAGCAUGGUUAAGGACUUUGUUGCACCUCCUGUAAGCGAAACAGAAACUCAGCAAAAUGCAAAAGUCAGUUUUUUUUGUAGAGGAAAAAAAAUAAUCUGUCAUAUAUAAUAUGAUACGAUAUAAAUCCAUAUUAUUAUGACAAUAUAUGAAUUUUAUGAAAUGAACUGGAAAGUAGCAUGAUGUCUGAGCAUGUUGUCGAGUGUGAAAUUUAAAGAAAGACUUCUUCAGUGAUGAAACACAUCUCUCCAGUGACGUCAGAGCCCGCGGUUAGACACCUGAUGCUGUCCAAGGAUUUUAUUUUGGUAUAAGCUAUUCUAAGAUGUGCAAAUAUAGCCACAUAACACUACUUGAAUAUGAAGGGAAGAAACAUGUUGCGCCUGGUGAAACAUGAGCAGAUGAUGAAACUCUUGGUGCCACAAAAUAUUGGUACACACAAUGGUGUCGUUGCAGACCACUGGAAACAAGAGACACCAGUUUACCACUAUUUACUUUUAAUAUCAGCUUGCUUUUUAUAACUGUGUAGAGGAUGUACUUUUUAAGAAAUAUUGCUUGCGCGGCACAGUUAUUCCACAGGCAAGAAAAAAAAACAAAACAUCCAUAUUACAAACAUGUACGCAUGUAUACCAGCUUGUCUACCUUUUGUAUUUUAUAAACCUGAAGUAUUGGAGGUUACAGGUGGGCUGCCUUCAGGUCCGCCACUGUUUUAUGCUUAGAUAUUUUAUGGAAGUGUUACUUUUUAAUAUUAUCAUGCAACUUUAUUUGUUGUUUGAACGUUGUUUUCCAGUAAUGUUUUUGCAACCAAACCAUGUGAUAAGAUAAAAUAAAUAAGAUAGCAAAUAAUCCUUCCCAGGUUAGUGCAGACGAGUCCACGAAAAGCCCUCCUAAAAGAAAAGAAAAAAACUUCGAUAGCUGUCUGUUUUUGUUGAAAAUGCGGUACUUCUGAUUUUCUAUUGAGUAUUGUAAAAUAAUUUAUAUUCUAUGAUAAUUUGCUGCCUCUCAAAACAAAGCAUUCAUUUUUAGUCACUGGUGUUUGGGCUCUUAAAUCAACAAAUGCUGUUUAUAUGAACAACAUUUCUACAUAUAUACAAAAUAUGGAUAUAUAUUUUUUUACUUUAAGAAAAAGGAAUUGCACUUUUUAAAGAAAAGAACCUUGCAUUGUGCAUUGUACUCCCUGUUACAUUUUUCAAAACACAAGUUGACAUGAACUUUGAAUUUAAACACACUUUCCCUCAACACCCUCUGAUGUAAAUACAGUGAUAUUGUAUAUAAGAUAUUUGUUGGUAUGUUUGCUUGCUCCAGACUUAAAUCGAUUAUGAAUUAUUGUUUUGUUUUUGUUUUUUGCUCUUACUUGAAACCAAAAAGAGACUAUAUUUGGAUUUCCCUGAGUAUCAUUGCAAUCACAGGGCAUUUAGCAGAAUGGAUGGAUGUUGGUCUAAACAAGGAGAGUGAAACCAUCAAGUUUGGCACGCCAACAGAAAUAUUAUGAUUCAUCCCUUGAUUUUUGUUUAUUUGAGAAGAUCUUUAUUAUUUGAUGAAUUAUAGAGUAUAUAUUACACCACAGACCAAAAACUGAAACAUGGAUUUGAAAAUCUCUGCACCUACAGCUCCCGUCGUCACAUAGAGUAGAAGCAAAACCUUCUCGUGGUUUCAACCUUAGGUGCUCUCGUAUAUUUUAGACAAGAAACACUUUUAUGUCUUAUUGUUAUGAUACCCUCGCUCAGUAUUUGUUGGGUACAGUGUAAUAGCAAUAUCCAUUUUGUUAGCUGAUGCUGUUGUAGUUUUGGUUUGGAAGUGGGGGUUCACUUGCCUCUUGUUUCAAUGUUUUCUUUUCCUUCGGAAAACUUGUAUAAUACCCAUUAAAAUCUAAAUCAAUCCUA